GGAGCAACAAUUAGGAAGGAUGAGAAAACAGGAAACAUCUUUAUUGCAAGAGUGAUACAUGGAGGACUGGCAGACCGCAGUGGACUUCUUCAUCCUGGUGACAAGCUGGUGGAAGUAAAUGGACAAAAAGUGCGAGGAAAGCAGCCUGAGCAUGUCAUUAAUAUUCUGGUGCGAUCUCAAGGAACUAUUCUUUUUAAAGUGAUCCCUAAUUCAACGCAACCCACCAACAGUAAAGCAACCCUGUAUGUGAGAGCCAUGGUGGACUACAGUCCUCUGCAGGACCCUGCAAUCCCCUGUCCAGAUGUUGGCAUGGCCUUCAGUAAAGGAGAUUUGCUGGAGAUUGUAGACCAGAGGGACAUCCGAUGGUGGCAAGCCAGAAAACUCCACAGUGCCUCGCUGUGUUGUGGUCUUAUUCCCUCCACUAACCAGUUCAGAUACAAGCAAAGGGAGCUGUGGUGGUCUCAACCUUAUCAAGCUCACACCUGCAUCAGACCCUUGAGCGCUGAUGAUGUUGGAGAAGAAGAAAUAACGGACAAGAUUAAAUGCACUGAAACAGAUGAAGAAGAUUUUGAGUUCGUUUCAGAGGAGGGUGAGAACGGCGAACACAUGCAGGGCUUAUACAUAGCGGGGUUCCGGCACAGUCUGCGCCUGUGGAGGAGGAAAUCAUACAGCAAGCGAAAGCCGUCAUGUUACUCCUGCAGCAUCAGUAGCUGUCAUAACACCUCAGCCAACCUUUAUGAAGAGGUGGUCCACUAUCAGCGCCACAUUGACGAUCCCCCGCGUCUCAUUGUGCUGAUUGGUCCAUCAGGAGUGGGUGUAAAUGAACUAAGAAGGAGGCUAAUCAAAAUUAAUCCUAAUACGUACCAGGGACCAGUAUCUUACACGACAAGGCCCCAAAAUAUGGGUGAGAAGAAUGGGCGUGAAUAUCACUUUGUGACCAAGGAAGUGUUUGCGUAUAUGGUGGUUAAUCACAAAUUUUUUGAGUAUGAAGAGCAUAAUGGACACAUGUAUGGCACCAGCUUGGACUCGGUUAAAGAUGUUUUGGACAAUGGGAAAAUAUGUGUUAUUGACAUUGAACCGCAUUGCAUUCAAUCAGUCAGGAACAAGAAGCUAAAGCCCUACAUCAUAUAUGUGCGUCCACCAUCGCCUGAAGGCAUGAGACAAACAAGAAAAGACCCACAUUUUCUUGCCAAUAGAUACAUUAAGAGAUACUUCCAUGAUAAAGACUUUGAGGACAUUGAGGAUGCGAGCAGGGCCAUGGAGGCCAAGUACCGUCAGUUUUUUGACUGUGUGAUUGUAAAUGAAGAUCUGCAAGAUUCAUGCAUGGAUCUGUUCACCGCUAUACAACAUGCUCAAGAAGAACCGCAGUGGAUUCCUGCCAGUUGGUUUGCUCCUGAUCGUCCGUGACAUACAGAUACAACAACAAAGAUGGGAAUUUCUCAAAUGUUCUGAUAUCUGUAAAAGAACUGAACUGCAAAAAAAAAAAAAAAAUGCCUUUGUGUGUAAUAUAGGGCAAAUUAACAAUCGUGUGAAUCCUUGAGUAAAAUGCUGUUUGUGACGUUAAAGCAAUCAUUUGUUUUAUCAUGCCAUAUAUGGUAAUGUACUGUAAACUACAUA